UACUGCCACGCCUAAUUUAUUCCAGCAAGCAUUCUUCCUUUCUCCCUCCCUCUCCUCCCUCUCCCUCUAUCUCAGCUUCCUCAGCUCUGCCUUAAAACAAUGCUCUCUGGCCAUUGUGUAUGCAAUGAGAUGUGGGAGAGAGGUCUCUUGUAAUGUGUAUGAAGGGGCAAAGCAGUGAUUUUUCUGCAAAGGAAGUGAUCAAAGUGGUUGAGUGAUUGUUUCUGCAAAUUUUCAAGAGCUCUGAGGUGAAGAUGGACACCAAAGGCAGGCUGGUUGCCGGUUCUCACAACAGAAAUGAGUUCAUUCUCAUCAACGCUGAUGAGGUUGGAAGAUUGAACUCUGUGAAGGAGCUAAGUGCACAAGUAUGUCAGAUCUGUAGUGAUGAAAUAGAGUUCACAGAGAACGGGGAGCCCUUCGUUGCUUGCAAUGAGUGUGCUUUCCCCGUUUGCAGGACUUGCUAUGAGUAUGAGAGAAGGGAGGGCAAUCAAGCCUGCCCUCAAUGCAAAACCCGAUAUAAGCGUAUCAAAGGGAGUCCAAGGGUUGAAUGGGACGAAGAAGAGGAGGAUACAGAUGACUUGGAGAACGAGUUUGAUAUCAUGGGUGGUGAUGAUCCCCGUCAUGUUGCGGAGGCUAUUCUUUCUGCUCGCCUCAAUGCUGGCCGCGGGUCGCACUACCAUGUUACUGGGACUGCUACGCCAUCCGAGUUUGAUGCAUCCUCUGUUGUCCCUGAAGUUCCUCUCUUGACCUAUGGCCAUGAGGAUGUUGGGAUUUCCUCAGAUAGGCAUGCCUUAAUAAUCCCUCCGUUUAUGGGUCGAGGAUCAAGGAUUUGCCCCACGGCAUAUCCCGACCCUUCCGUGCCUUUUAACGCAAGAACGUUGGAUCCAAACAAAGACUUAGCUGUCUAUGGAUAUGGAACCGUUGCAUGGAAGCAGAAGAUGGAGGGGUAUAAGAAGAAGCAGAUCAAGAAACUAGAGGUUGUUAAGAACGAAGGAGCAGGCAAUGACGGUGGACAAGAAUCAGGGGAUCCCGAUUUGCCUAUGAUGGAUGAAGGCAGACAGCCACUCUCUAGGAAGCUACCGGUAACUUCGAGCAAGAUAAAUCCUUACAGGAUAAUAAUAUUUCUAAGGCUCGUGAUUCUUGGGUUUUUCUUCCAUUACCGAAUUCUUCACCCCGUGAACGAUGCGUAUGGCUUGUGGCUAACAUCGAUUAUAUGUGAGAUAUGGUUUGCUGCGUCUUGGAUAUUGGACCAAUUCCCAAAAUGGUAUCCGGUUGAACGGGAAACUUACCUGGAUCGUCUAUCAUUAAGGUAUGAGAAAGAGGGAAAGCCAUGUGAGUUAGCUGAUGUAGACGUAUUUGUUAGCACAGUUGAUCCUAUGAAGGAACCACCCCUUAUCACUGCAAACACUGUUCUCUCGAUCCUGGCUGUGGACUACCCUGUGAACAAAGUUGCUUGUUAUGUGUCUGAUGAUGGCGCUGCCAUGUUAACUUUUGAAGCCCUCUCUGAGACGUCGGAGUUCGCAAGGAAGUGGGUCCCUUUCUGCAAGAGGUUUAACAUUGAGCCUCGGGCUCCUGAGUGGUACUUUGCUCAGAAGGUUGACUACUUGAAGGACAAAGUUGACCCCACAUUUGUUAGAGAACGCCGUGAAAUGAAGAGAGAAUACGAAGAGUUCAAAGUUCGAAUAAAUGGGUUAGUUGCAAUGGCGCAGAAGGUUCCAGAGGAGGGUUGGACCAUGCAAGAUGCGACCCCAUGGCCUGGGAAUAACGUUAAAGAUCAUCCUGGGAUGAUUCAGGUCUUCCUAGGUCAAGAUGGGGUUUGUGAUGUUGAAGGCAAUGAAUUACCUCGACUAGUGUAUGUGUCUCGCGAGAAGAGACCAGGGUUCGAUCAUCAUAAGAAAGCUGGGGCCAUGAAUGCUCUGGUGCGGGUCUCCGCAGUGAUCACGAAUUCUCCAUAUUUGCUCAAUGUUGAUUGCGACCACUACAUAAACAACAGCAAGGCCCUCCGAGAAGCCAUGUGCUUCAUGAUGGACCCCACCUCGGGGAAUAAGAUAUGCUAUGUGCAAUUUCCUCAAAGGUUCGAUGGAAUCGAUCGCCACGAUCGGUACUCGAAUCGCAAUGUCGUAUUUUUUGAUAUUAAUAUGAAAGGGUUAGAUGGGAUCCAAGGGCCAAUUUAUGUCGGCACAGGUUGUGUGUUUAGGAGGCAAGCUUUGUACGGAUAUGACGCUCCGGUAGAGAAGAAACCUCCCACUAGGACUUGUAAUUGUUGGCCUAAUUGGUGCUUCUUUUGCUGUGGAUCGAGAAGGAAGGGUAGAAAAGUAAAAUUGAAUGAGAAAAAGAAGAAGAUGAAGCACCGUGAGUCUUCGAAGCAGAUUCAUGCACUUGAAAACAUCGAGGAGGGAAUCGAAGGAUUUGAUAAUGAAAAAUCUCUGCUGAUGCCCCGGGUGAAGUUUGAAAAGAAGUUUGGUCAGUCACCGGUUUUUAUAGCCUCGACCUUAAUGGAAGAAGGCGGUGUUCUGAAAGGAGCUUCCUCUGCAUCGCUCUUGAAAGAAGCUGUCCAUGUCAUUAGUUGUGGCUAUGAAGAAAAAACCGAAUGGGGUAAAGAGGUGGGAUGGAUAUAUGGAUCGGUGACUGAAGAUAUUUUAACGGGCUUCAAGAUGCACUGCCAUGGCUGGCGAUCGGUGUACUGCAUGCCCAGGAGGCCCGCUUUUAAGGGCUCAGCCCCAAUAAAUCUCUCAGACCGUCUACACCAAGUUCUCCGUUGGGCUCUCGGGUCAGUCGAGAUUUUACUGAGCAGGCAUUGCCCGAUAUGGUAUGGUUAUGGAUGCGGUCUUAAAGGAUUGGAGAGAUUCUCUUACAUAAACUCAGUUGUCUACCCUUUGACUUCUAUUCCGUUGAUUGCUUACUGCACCCUUCCAGCGGUCUGCCUACUUACCGGGAAGUUUAUAGUCCCCGAGAUAAGCAACUAUGCUAGUCUAAUCUUCAUGGCUCUCUUCAUAUCGAUAGCAGCGACGGGCAUCCUUGAGAUGCAGUGGGGUGGGGUUGGGAUUCACGACUGGUGGAGGAAUGAGCAGUUUUGGGUCAUCGGAGGGGUCUCCUCCCAUCUCUUCGCCCUCUUUCAGGGCCUCCUAAAGGUCCUCGCGGGUGUAAACACAAACUUCACUGUCACUUCCAAGGCAGGGGAUGACGGGGAGUUCUCCGAGCUCUACCUCUUCAAGUGGACGACUCUUCUGAUCCCUCCUAUGACACUUUUGAUCUUGAACAUAAUCGGGGUCAUAGUUGGGGUAUCAGAUGCAAUCAACAAUGGAUAUGACUCGUGGGGCCCACUCUUUGGGAAGCUGUUCUUUGCCCUCUGGGUUAUCGUCCACCUCUACCCCUUCCUCAAGGGGUUGAUGGGGAAACAAGACCGUCUCCCAACGAUCAUCGCCGUGUGGUCUGUCCUUCUCGCCUCAAUUCUCUCGCUCCUGUGGGUCCGAAUCAACCCGUUCGUCUCCAAAGAUGGGCCUGUAUUAGAAGUCUGUGGCUUGGACUGUAAUUGAGAACCUGAGAUAGAUUUAUGGUAAGUUCAUUAAUUGUUAUUUAUAAACAGGUUGCAUUUUUCGUCCAAAGAUUAGGGCAACCUUAACCCGAGAACCCUUUUGCCGGGUGCAUGUUGUAGAUAUAGAGGAGAGAGAAACUGCUACAUGACACAAUUGAUAUAUGUUUACCUCUUGAUUUGAUUCUUUCUAAUGGAUUUCCGAGUGAAGAUGAGAUAUAUGUACUCCGCAAGGAAAAUAAAAGCUAUUUCUCAUAUUGUAAUGUUGCAUCUUUGCGCGCUUGAUG